AUUGAUUAAUUAUCAAUCUACAUAAUCUCUAAUGAAAUGUCUUCCUUGCAACUCUGUCGAGGCCUCCCUCGCUUUCGCCCUGGUUUCGUCUCUCGCUUUUCCUUGACAAUACCAACAGCAAGACAAUUCACCCACCCAACACAUUUGAUCCACGCCAACAACACACCGACAGACUCCGAACCACCGCAGAAUGAGAUCCUCCAGCUCUCGCUGCGUCUGGCUCGCGCACCGCUCAACCACCGCGCCACACUAUCCGCAACAGAAUAUUUCCCGCGCGACACCGACCGCGCCCCCGUCCGCCGCGAGCUCGCCAAGCUAGACCUCGUCGCCGACUACGGCGUGCAGGCUCGCGACCUGCGCGAUCUCGACCUCCCCUCGGACGCGAACCCGCAUGUCCUCGUCCGGCCGGAGACGGUGCUCGUGGACUUUUUCGAUCUGCGGUUGCUCAUCCAGGCCGGUCGCGUCCUAGUCGUCGACACUGCGGGAGGGGGGAAAUCGAGUCCGAAAGCUGUCUUCUUAGAACAGAUCAAAAAGAUCACAGAGAAUACUGAUAAUACUACUACUAAUAAUAAUACGAAAGCAGCGUUUGAAUUCCUCGUCCUAGAAUCAAGUCUCGUGGCCGUGACGGUCUCCCUGGAGGCAGAGUUCCUGCUCACCCGCCGACUCGUGGAAACACAUCUGGCAAGCCUCAGCCUGGCCGCCGUGGAAACCCGACAUGCAGAUCUGGACAUUCUGCUCCGCCAGACCGAAUCCCUCGCGGAGAUCGAGCAUCGCGCACGACUCGUCCGCGCGGCUAUCCAGGAGAUCCUUGAUUCCGACGAAGACCUAGCAGCCACGUAUCUGACUGACGCGGUGGUUCGGGGCAAACCGCACGCCGUCGCAGACCACCAGGAAGCAGAGUACCUGUUUGAAACGUAUCUGAAGACCACGCACGGGGUCGUCGAGUCGGCUAGCUCGUUGCUGCGUCGUAUCCGGCGCACGGAAGCUACCGUCGGGGCCCUCCUCGAUGUCAAACGUAACCAGAUCAUGUACCUUGAUGUUCGGUUGUCGGUUCUUGCCGCGGGGGUUGCCUUGGGGACCUUUGUCGCGGGGCUGUACGGUAUGAAUCUCGUCAAUUACCUCGAGGAGAGUCCUGUGGGGUUUGUCGUCAUGAGUACCGGGUGUGUUCUGCUUGGUCUGGUUGUUGUUUGGGCGGGAGGGAGGAGAAUCAAGGGUAUCCAGCGCAUUCACAAGUAGCACGAGUCUGUAUAACCAAUCAUACUAUGUAUAUAGUUACAAUUUAUAAUGUAGUACAGUACAUCAGAUCAAUCUACAACGCUAGAGAAAAUAAUCCCGAACAGGAGGAUGCGGCACUUGAGACAAAGACACCCCUUUACAUGCAGCAAGGAUCA